CUGCAGCUACGUAUUUUACAACGUGCAUUUACCUGCAUCUACUUUACAUUCUGUAUUUUUACGCUAUUUUAAUUCAUACUUACGGACAACGCGUGUCGGAUGAAACCUAAAAAUAACUUUAUGAAUUGAUAUCUAAGAGAUGUCCGCAUCUACAUUAAUAGGAUUUUAUGAAUAGGUUAUAUUUAUAUUAUACACUACACAUGAAAAAUGGGGUUCGAUUUUCUUGACUUACACAAGAGUCAAUUGAAGUCUUCCGGUGUUCCGGAAUGUCAUUGGGACGCAUUGAAAUUGAAAUUAGAAAAGGAAAUUUUCGAUGCGGGAGAUCAUCUCCGUAUCGUGAAGGUGGAUCAUGAAGAUGAACGGGGAAGAUAUGAUCCGGCCUUCGGCUUGCAGGCCCUCCAUGACAUAUCUAAAGAUGAUCCCCAAAAUAUUUUUUUGAUUGAUCACUGCUGGACCUACAAAGCAAGCGACUUGAGGAAACAGUUGAUGGAAAAUGAGUAUUUACGUCGUAGGCUGGUUGCUAUGUUUGAUUUCAACAAUUCUCAACCCCAAGAAAAAUUAGUACAAGAUAUUUACGACUAUUCAUGGAAAGUCAGUGGAAUGUACACAAUAACCAGUAAUGCUGAAGCCGAGGAUAGAGUUCCUAUUUGGUACAUAAUGGAUGAAGUUGGAACUGCUGUAUGCCACAGUGUAAAUGCUAACUGCCGUAUUGUUCCAUUUGUGUAUUUACCAGAACAAACAACAUAUUCAUUGCUGUUUUUUAUUAAAGACCUUGAUAAGGAAGACAUUGUGUUCAGAGAUUAUGCAGAAUUUGAAAAUGAUCCCAUUAAAAAGUCUGCUGCCCUUCUAUGUUGGCAGCCCAAGGAUUUCACAAGUUACAGCACUGAAGCACCUAUUCAAGGCAGUGAGUAUUAUUUAAGUGGUCAUAUUAAAGAGACCCUGCCAAAGACUGUUGAAAUAAAAAGAACUGAAAAAACAAAAUACAAAGUAUUUUCUCAGUAUCAGUUAAUUUAUGAUUACUUGAAAGAUGAAAGAUUUGAAUUAGUAGACAGUGAAGAUGAGGCUGAUAUACUUUGGUAUAUUGAUCACUUCAGAGAUUUUGAAAAAUUAAGUGAUACUCCAGAUAAACUAGUCAAUCAAUUUCCAUAUGAGUAUGUCAUAACAGUAAAAGAUUUGCUCUGUAUGACCUGCAGGAGACAUAAGAAUGAUGAUGAUGAUGAUGAUGAUAACAAUGAUGACCACUGGUUUCCUAUUACCUACAAUUUGAAAAUAGAAGUACAACAUUUCUUAAGCUAUUUUCAACAAAGAGAGAAAAAAGGUCUUGAUAACUACUGGAUUUGUAAACCUUAUAAUCUUGCAAGAGGUUUAGAUAUGUACAUAACUAACAACAUUGACCUUCUUAUGCGAAUGCCUGAAACUGGACCAAAAAUUGUACAAAAAUAUAUCACAAAUCCUGUCCUGUUUCACAGAGACGACAUUGGAGAACGGGUCAAAUUCGAUAUUCGUUAUGUGUUGCUUUUAAAAAGUACGAAACCUCUAAAAGCCUAUGCAUAUAAACAAUUCUUCCUACGUUUUGCCAACAAAUCGUUCAGCUUGAGCGAUUUCGAUGUUUAUGAUAAACACUUCACUGUAAUGAAUUACCAGGAAGGUAUACCACUUGCAAAAAUUCUUGCAAAAGAUUUUAAAGACAUUUGGGCUAAGCAAUACAGCAAUUAUCCUUGGGAUACAAUUGAAAAAUCAAUAUUGAAAAUGUUCAGAGAAAUAUUUGAAUGUGCAGUCCAAGAACUUCCACCUUGUGGCAUUGCCGCAUCGCCUCAGUCCAGGGCGUUGUAUGCAGCAGACAUUAUGUUGCAUUGGACAAAUUCAAGUUUAAUUCAACCUAAGAUCCUUGAAAUUAACUUUGCUCCAGAUUGCAAAAGGGCUUGUGAAUAUUACCCUGACUUUUAUAAUAACAUAUUCCAAUUACUCUUUUUGGAUGAAGAAUCAGAUGAAUUUUUUGAGCUUUAGAUUUAUUACAUAUACUUGUUAUCCAAAUUUAUGUUAUUAAAAUUUAGUCAAACCACA